GGCUGAGCAUGUCUAUGGAUAGAAAAGAAGAACUGGCAGAAGAAACUAAAACGAGGCAACACGAUAAAACAGCUCUGCGUGCAGGAAAAAUCUAACCACCAGAUUGAAAUAAAGGGAGAGUUAGCUCAUGAGGUGCACUCUGCAAAGUAUAACCAGAAAUGCUAAUCCUUCUUCAACCUUGUAAGUCUCCAUCUCUCCUUUUUACGUGCAAUAACAAACUCCUAAAAUCUUCGAGUUUUCAUUUUUUCCCUACUAUUGGCUCACUCAAAAAACCGUCGUUUUCUAAGAAUUUUUCACUUAGGAGAAGUACCCAUGUCUCAUUUUGCUCUCAAAAUGACAACUUUAAUGAUUUUUCAAAUACCCAGUUGACUGAGAAGCUACAAAAUGAUAGAAUUCAAGGGAAUGAAGAACUUGAAUUGCUAAAUAAGCCAUCUCCAGUAGUUGAUAGUGGGUUAGGUGUAGAAAUUGAUAAAGAAUCAAGUAUCCAGUUCACGGAGAAGCUACAAAAUGAUAGAAUUCAAGAGAACGAAGAACUUGAAUUGCUAAAUAAGCCAUCUCCAGUAGUUAUAGAUAAUGGGUUAGGUGUAGAAAUUGAUAAAGAAUCUAAGGGAUCUGAAAAGGAUGAGGCCUUGGCCCCUUUUUUGAAGUUCUUUAAGCCUAGAAAUUCGUUAGAAGUAAAAAAAGAAGAGGAAGAUGGCUUGGGUGUACUAGACGGGAAGAAUAAUGUGAAUAAUGAAGAUAAGGAAGGUAAGAAAGUUAAUGUGGACUACUAUGAACCAAAACCUGGUGAUUUUGUUGUAGGUGUUGUGGUUUCGGGUAAUGAGAACAAGCUUGAUGUGAAUGUUGGGGCAGAUUUGUUGGGUACAAUGUUGACCAAAGAGGUGUUGCCUCUGUAUGACAGAGAAAUGGAAUAUUUAUUAUGUGAUGUAAAGAAGGAUGCGGAGGGGUUUAUGGUUCAAGGAAAAAUGGGAAUUGUUAAGGAUGAGGCUACAGUGAGUGGGGGAACAGGGCCAGGAAGACCUGUUGUGGAGACUGGAACCAUACUGUUUGCAGAGGUUCUCGGGAGGACCCUGAGUGGCCGGCCAUUACUUUCAACUAGACGUUUAUUCCGGCGGAUAGCUUGGCAUCGACUGAGUCAGAUAAAAGAACUGAAUGAGCCAAUUGAGGUCAAAAUUACGGAGUGGAAUACUGGUGGCCUGCUUACAAGAAUUGAGGGAUUGCGGGCUUUCCUACCAAAGGCUGAGUUAAUGAACAGAGUGAAAAAUUUCAAGGAGCUGAAAGAAAAUGUGGGCCGCCGAAUGUAUGUACUGAUCACUCGAAUAAAUGAGACUAACAAUGAUCUAAUACUGAGUGAAAGAGAAGCUUGGGAAAUGUUAAACCUUCGGGAGGGAACACUUCAUGAAGGAACUGUUAAGAAAAUUUUUCCCUAUGGAGCUCAAGUAAGAAUUGGUGACACUAACCGGAGUGGGUUGCUGCAUAUAUCAAACAUCACUCGAACCCGAGUUACUGCCGUCAGUGAUGUACUUGAAAUUGACGAGAAGGUUAAAGUCCUCGUUGUGAAGUCAAUGUUCCCUGAUAAAAUUGCACUGAGUAUUGCAGACCUCGAAAGUGAGCCUGGCCUAUUUAUAUCAAACAAAGAGAAAGUAUUCGCCGAGGCAGAAGAGAUGGCAAAGAAGUAUAGGCAAAUGCUACCUGUUGUUUUAGCCACUCGUAAGUCCGGAUCCACUCUAAGUAAUGCCUUACCUUUUGAUAGUGAAGAAAUUAUGUAUGCAAAUUGGAAAUGGUUCAAAUUUGAAAGAGAUUAAGGGAAUUUACUGAUCUAAUGCUAAGCUGUUGUAUCAUAAUUUGGAGGAGGGAAACUCAUCCCUCGUUCCUCUCUCCGUCAAAACCAAAAUUGGCCCUACCAAGAGAAAAAGGAAAGAUCUUUAGGGCCCUUUUUCACUGUGCAACUAUUGCAUUAUCCAUUUGGAAAAUUCACAAUUGCAUAUGAUUGGUAAUCACAGGCUGGAUGCGAGUUCUGUCCAGAUGUUCUACACAAUGUGCAGUAUUAUGCAUAAAAUCUUCUACACAAUUUGAUAAAUUCAAUUCUUUGACAUGCAUGCGACUUGUUUUUCGUUCUGGUGUCUGUCGCUGACCAGAGUUUUAAAGUAGUAUUUAUAUUUAUUUUUCCUCUUGCCAUCUUUUAAGGUAUAACUUCUCAUGUACAUGGAACUGGCACAACUGAAUUUUCUCUUCAGUUUAAUUUACUGCAAUUUUCCCCUUCAA